AAUAAUAAAAAAUAUUGGUUAAUUUUGUAAUUUUGACUUUAUGCCUUAAUUAUACCAGCGGGCGAUAUGGAUACAUAUUCAGUUGAUGUGGUAUAUCAGGCAAUUAACGCCCUAUUUCAAGGCAACAAUCCCAAAGAACAGGAAAAAGCUAACAAAUGGCUACAGGACUUUCAGAAGUCGAUAUACUCAUGGACCAUAGCGGAUGAGCUGCUGCAUCAAAAACGCGAUCUGCACGCCAACUAUUUUGCUGCGCAAACAAUGAGAAAUAAAAUUCAGAAUUCAUUCAGUGAAUUACCGCCGCACACUCAUGAAUCCCUUAGGGAUUCACUGAUUACGCACAUAGGCCAGAUCGAUGAGCAAACCGAUACUGUGAUUGUGACGCAAUUAAGUUUAGCAGUGGCCGACUUGGCUCUGUUGAUGGCCUCUUGGCAAGAACCCAUUAACGAUCUUAUCAAGGCACUGGCACCACAUCCAGCGGCCAUUUGGCCUCUGUUGGAAGUGUUGAAAGUAAUACCUGAAGAAAUUGAUUCGCGAUACUUGCGAUUGGGCGCCAAUCGUCGGGAGGAGGUGCACAAACAAUUGGACGCAAGUGCCGAAUGCGUUUUGAAAUUUCUCUACAUGUGCCUGCAGCAGCGUGACGAUGUGUCAAAGGAGCGCAUAUGGAAUGCGACAUUACGCACCUACAGCGCCUGGCUUGUCAUUCACGCUUUUCCCCUAUCACUCAUCUGCAAUAAUCCACUCACCCAGCUGUCCUUUCGCCUACUAAAUGAACCCGAAACGUCUGGCAAACUGCAUGACAAUGCCACAGAAUGUGUUUGUGCUCUGCUCUCCUGCAUGGGCACCAGGCACGAUCACGAGAAUGACUCAAUGGAGGCACAAGUCUUUCAGGCUGUAUGUAUGCUGGAGCCUGCCUAUCAUCUAAGCGUCGCCCAUGAGGACACCGAUAAGACUAUGAAUUUUUGUCGCAUUUUUACAUCGCUAUGCGAAGCAUUUUUCUAUGAUAUGUUAUCUUCUGAUCAGCCCCAACCACAUUAUUCGCUCAAAGGACUCGAUUUGGUUUUGCUUUGUGUGGGGCAUUUCGAUUAUGAAGUUGCCGAAAUUACGUUCUAUUUGUGGUACAAGCUGAGUGAGGAUCUCUUUCAACGUUACGAUGAUAAAUUGACAGCUCAUUUUAGACCACAUAUAGAGCGGCUAAUCAGCGCGUUGUAUAGACACUCGCAAAUGGAGAGCGAUCACGAUGGCCUCAUCGAAGAGAACAAUAAUUUCUAUGAUUUUCGUCGUAAAGUGUCCGAUUUAAUCAAAGAUGUGGCAUUUAUAGUCGGAUCCGGUGCUUGUUUUAAGCAAAUGUUUCUCAUUCUCCAAGCACCAAACACUACCUGGGAGUCCACAGAGGCAGCCUUGUUUGUCAUGCAAAAUGUGGCCAAAAAUAUAUUGCCUGAGGAAAACGAUGUGAUCCCAAAAGUUGUGGAAGCUAUACUAAAUAUGUCAGAGCAAACACAUAUUGCAGUACGGUAUACGGCAAUUCUUUUGAUUGGUGAACUGUGCGAUUGGAUUGAGAACCAUCCGGAGUCUUUGGAAGCAGUGCUAAACUUUCUUCUGUAUGCCUUGCAACAGAAAAAUGGUCUGGCUCCUGCUGCAGCCAUCGCAUUAACCUCCAUUUGCUCGGCUUGUAGACUGAAAAUGGUGUGUCAUAUAAGUGGCCUGGUGGAAAUUGCUCGCAGUUUAGAUAGUUAUCAGAUUAACAACGAUGUGGCCAUUGGUUUACUAAAGGGUAUAUCUCUGAUCCUGACUAAAUUACCCCGCGACCAGUUACAGCCGGCACUAAGGGAAAUUGUGAGUUUUCAAUUGCAACCGCUAAGUCAGCUGGUCGAGAUUGGCAACAAUGGAGCAGAAGCAACGGAAAAUUUACAAAAAGGUGAUCGCAAUGAUCCCGUCUAUUGGAUUGAUCGAGCAUGCGCUAUUAUAAGGCACACGAAUCCUGAAAUACCCGAUAACGUAGAACAUCCCACCGUCGGCAUAUUAACUGACGCCUGGCCUUUGAUCUCACGCAUAAUGGACAAAUAUCAAAGUGACUUGCGUAUAAUGGAGAGAACUUGCCGUCUGAUACGUUAUUCAAUUCGCAUGGUGCGAAAGCAGGCCAUAAUGCUUGUGGAACCAUUGAUCAAGCAAAUGGUUGUCCUGUAUGCUGUACAACAUCAUAGUUGUUUCCUAUAUGUGGGUUCCAUCCUUGUCGAUGAAUUCGCCAAGACGACGGAUUGUAUAGCCGGAUUGUUGGAAAUGUUGCAGGCCUUCAUUGAGCCUACAUUUAGUCUGUUGCAAUUAGAGAAUGGACUGCGUAAUAAUCCCGAUACUGUUGAUGAUUUUUUCCGCCUCGCUUCGCGUUACCUUGACUGUUGCCCCCUUCAGCUGGUGCAGAGUUCCCUAAUAACACCCAUUUUCCAAUGCGCCCUGAUAGCCUGCUCUCUGGAUCACCGUGAAGCCAACUCGUCGGUAAUGAAGUUUUUCAUUAAUCUAUUAACAUGGGGACGGAGCAAUAGCAACCAUCGGCAUGCGGAAUGUCGUCCCUUGAUCAUUGAAUUGGCUACUCAACAUGGUGGUGCUUUAGUAAUGAAUCUAAUUCAAGCCUCAGUGUUUCAAUUACACUCCUAUAUGUUAGCCGAUGUGGCCGAGGUUCUCCAUGAAUUGAAGCAAGUGAUUGGCCCCGCACAAAUGCAAACAUUUUUGGCUAAUGCUUUGGAGGCUCUGCCUAAAAAGAAUAGUGGUGGCUGUGUGACGGCCACCCAACAGCAAAUCGAUGAGUUUAGCACUACGGUAAUAAGGGCGGAUACAACUAAAUCCGUUUCGCAGGCUUUGAAAACCUUUACUCGACUAUUUCGCUGAGAUACAUAAAGUAAGCAAACAUACAUAAGAUUGUGUAUAUUUGAAAAAUGUAUCUGAGUAAACAAAAAAGCAAUGAAGUUAUUUUACGAUCUAUUGGUAUGCCUAAUUUAAACAUUUACAAUUAGUUGACAUCUUAAGUUUAAAUUGUAUAAUUCUGAGAGAUCCUCACAAAACUAUCCUAGCCCAUAAGAUUAGAAAUUUUAUAUUUAAAU